CCGAAUUAAAGCGGAAACAAAAAAAAAUCUAAAUUCAGUUCCCUGGUUUUUCGGUAGUUGAACUCUCUGGAUUAUUCUAGGAUUGUUGAUGAGAAGUGGGAUAUGGUGCAUUGUUGGCGUUGAUUGAGUUUUGAUCGAUCGGUCGGAGUCAGAUCGUCGGCGUCCUUGAGUUCUCUGAAGAAGCGUAGAUGUCGGGUCCCCUGGAUCGAUUCGCCAGGCCUUGCUUUGAGGGGUUCUCAGGUAGGGAUGAGAGGAGAGAAAGGAAAUCUGAUUUCGAGAACUCUGAGGAUGAAAGGCGAACAAGAAUUGGAACUUUGAAAAAGAAGGCAUUAAGUGCGUCCUCUAGAUUUAAGCACUCUCUCAGAAAGAAGGGUGGCAGAAGAAAAAGUGGUGGCCGUGUAAGCUCGGUUUCCAUUGAGGAUGUUCGUGAUGUUGGGGAGCUACAGGCUGUUGAUCAAUUUCGGCAGGCUUUAAUUAUGGAUGAAUUGCUACCAGAAAGCCAUGAUGAUUAUCACAUGAUGUUGAGGUUCUUGAAAGCAAGGAAGUUUGAUAUCGAUAAAGCAAAGCACAUGUGGGCAGAUAUGCUUCAGUGGAGGAAAGAAUUUGGUGCAGACACCAUUAUGAAGGAUUUUGAGUUCCAUGAGUUAAACGAAGUUGUAAAGUAUUAUCCCCAUGGUUAUCAUGGCGUUGAUAAGGAGGGAAGACCUGUUUACAUUGAAAGGUUAGGAAAAGUUGAUCCCAACAAACUCAUGCAAGUUACAACGAUGGACCGGUAUCUAAAAUACCAUGUUAAGGAGUUUGAGAAAGCAUUUGCAGAGAAGUUUCCUGCAUGUACCAUUGCUGCAAAGAGGCAUAUAGAUUCAAGCACAACAAUUUUAGAUGUCCAGGGGGUGGGUUUUAAAAAUUUCACCAAGUCUGCACGGGAACUCAUAUUGCAACUACAGAAGAUCGAUGGUGACAAUUACCCUGAGACUCUCCACCAAAUGUUUAUCAUCAAUGCUGGUCCUGGGUUUAGGCUUCUUUGGAACACCGUAAAGUCCUUUUUAGAUCCCAAAACAACUUCCAAGAUUCAUGUUCUUGGAAACAAGUACCAGAGUAAAUUGCUGGAGAUAAUUGAUGCCAGUGAAUUGCCAGAAUUUUUCGGUGGUAGCUGCACAUGCACAGAUCAGGGCGGUUGCCUUAGGUCUGAUAAGGGCCCAUGGAAAAAUCCAGAAAUAUUCAAGAUGGUUCUUAAUGGUGAGCCACGUCGAGCAAGGCAGGUAGUUAAAGUCUUGAACAGUGAGGGGAAAGUUAUUGCUUAUGCCAAGCCACCUUAUCCAAUGCAGCUGAAGGGUAGUGAUACAUCCACUGCUGAGUCUGGAUCUGAAGCUGAAGAUAUGGCUUCACCAAAAGCAAUGAAAAGUUAUACCCAACUUCAGUUGACACCUGUCCGUGAAGAAGCUAAGAUGGUUGGGAAAACGUGCUAUGCUGGUAACUUCUCAGGUUAUGAUGAAUAUGUUCCUAUGGUUGACAAAACUGUUGAUUCUGGUUGGAAGAAUCAAUCAUCCCUACAGAGGCCUGCUACCCAAGAGACAGUAACCUUACCUGAGGCUCCGGAGGUUCCAGAAGGAGUUUGUGCUCGGGUUUUAGUGACUUUUAUGGCCUUAUUUACAACAAUCAUUACUCUCAUCCAUUUAAUGAUGUUCCGUGUCACUAAGAAGCUUCCCAGCAUGUCCGAACCUGGUGAAAACAUUUCUGAACCUAAUCUUGGGGCACAAAAGGAGGAGUUUCGUCCCCCUUCUCCUUCUCCAUCUCUUAGUCAAGUGGAUUUGCUGUCUUCUGUGCUGAAAAGGUUGGGUGAUCUCGAGGAGAAAGUUGACAUGCUGCAAGCAAAGCCGUCUGAAAUGCCUUAUGAGAAAGAGGAAUUGUUGAACGCUGCUGUAUGCCGAGUUGAUGCUCUGGAGGCGGAGCUAAUUGCUACCAAGAAGGCUCUUCACGAAGCUUUGAUGAGGCAAGAAGAACUACUUGCUUAUAUCGACCGUCAACAAGAAGCCAAAUCGCGGAAAAAGAAGUUUUGCUGGUGAGAUGCUUUGCUGGAGCAGCUGCGUUUAUCAUCCUUUUGUCUCAAGCAUGUCAUUUCCGCAGGACUGCAGUAGUGUUUGACCUUCAACCACCCAUGUUGCUCUUUCUGAGUGGAUUUACUCUUUUGAACAAUUUGAUUUUCUGUUUAUGCAGAAUAUUCUAAAGCACCAAUACUUAUUCAAGUAAAUGCAAAUCGACAAUCAUGGGACGUUUCUUCAUUAUAUUUCACAUUGAUUUUUCCAUGGAAAAUGGGUGCACUUCUUGACUGACC